AUGAGCGAAUGGGGCGCGACGAAGAUGCCUGAUGGCCGAACCUAUUACUGGCACAAGGUCACCAAGGAAACGACAUGGGCGAAGCCAGAGGGUUUCGUUGAUGAGCCCGCGACGCCCGCGCCUGCCGCCGCACUCGCCGCCAGCAACCCGGCAGCCUGGACCGAGACAAAAACAGCGGACGGACGAUCAUACUACUACAACCGCGUCUCCAGAGAGACGAGCUGGGAAAAGCCCGAAGGGUUUCAGGCGCCGCAAAUUGAGCGGCCAGCACCGGACUUUGUGGCCGGCGGCGGUGGAGGAGCAGGAUUUGGCGGUCGCGACUACAACAACUCGGAUCGACAGCUCUCGCGGAGAGACAACCGCGAUGCAGGCCUGCCACAGAAACCGAGCUUUGAUGGCCCUCGAGGCGGCGGGGACAGGUGGGAAGGACGAGAUUCGCGGCAGGAGGGCGCGGGGUUCCGCGGACCAAUGCCCAUCAAGACCGAAGAGCCCGAGUUCAACAACUUGGAGCAGGCGGAGGAGGCGUUCUUCAAGACUUUGAAGAGGCACAAUGUUCGUCAUGAUAUGGAAUGGCACGAAGCUGUGCGCCUGGUGGUUCGCGAGCGCGACUACCGCGCGAUCAAGGAUCCGGCCGAUCGUAGAAAGGCGUUUGACAAGUACUGUCGYGAAUUACGCGAGCAGGAAAAGGGCAAGGAAAAGGAACGUAGGGAGAGGCUGCGUGUGGACUUUCGCAAAAUGCUGUCCACUCACGACGAGAUCAAGCACUACACGCGCUGGAAGACGGCGCGACCGCUGAUUGAACGAGAGCAUGUCUUCAAGAGUGCUGGAGACGAUGACGAGCGGCGGCGCAUGUUCGAUGAGUACAUUGUGGAGCUAAAGAAGCAACACGCGGAGGAUGAGGCCUCACGCCGCGCCCAUGCCAUGCGGGAACUCAACACCAUGCUCAAGGCGCUUGUUGUUGACCCGGACACACGUUGGACUGACGCCGAGGACAUCAUCAUGAAUAGUGAACGCUUCGUUUCCGAGGACACCUUCCAGGGACUGCACAAGCUCGAUGUCUUUUACGCUUUCGACUCACACAUGAAAUCUCUGGAGCGCAUUGCCAACGAUGUCGCACAGAAGGAGAAAUCAUCUCGUAGACGUCACGAGCGUCAAGCACGGGACGGCUUCAAGCAGAUGCUACACGAAAAGGUGCAAGAAGGCAAAAUCAAAGCAGGAUCCAAAUGGCAGGAUGUCCAUCCACUGGUUGUUGAUGAUGAGCGCUUUCAAGCGUACAUGGGUCAGCCGGGCAGUGAUCCAAUUGAGCUUUUCUGGGACAUCGUGGAGGAGGAAGAGCGCCGACUUCGCUCCAAGCGCAACGAUGCCAUGGACGUGAUGGAUGAGAAUAGAUGGGAAAUGGUGCCGAGCUCUUCCUUUGAAGACUUCAAGGACGUCAUGCGCUCUGAUCCAAGAACGGGUUCAUUCUCAGAAGACGACUUGAGCAUGGUGUUUGCAAAGAUCAUGGACAAGGUCAAGGAGCGCAUCGAGAAGAAAAAAGACCAAGCCGAGCGCGAUCAGAGGGAGGCUGUUGAGAACAUCAGAUACGCAAUGAGGAAAGUCAACCCGCCGAUUCGGGCAAGCGACUCCUUCGACCACGUUUCUUCGAUGCUCGAGAAUCAGAGAGACUUUGCCUCGGCUGACCACGAGACUCGCAUCACGGCAUACACCAAAUUCAUCAAGCGUCUCAAGGAAAAGGAAGACGAGCGGAGGGACCACCGCGAUCGUGAGAGGGGCCGACAUCAUCGCAAUGAAUCUCGACGUGACGAUCGUGAGCGGGAUCGCCGAGACGAUAGGGAUCGCCGCCAUCGCACUCACACGCCCGAAGUGGACGCCUACCAAGCAGACAGGCGCAAGGCCUCGGAAAUUCGCGAGAGAAGAGUUGAGAAGGCUUCCUUUGGUCUUACUCCUCCGCGUGAUGUGCGCGAUAUGCGGGACGUCCGUGACCCUCGUGAUCGCGAUUACCGUGAGCGCAGGGGUAGUGACCGCUACGAUGGACGAGAGCGUAGAUCCGAGCGCGGUUCCGUUCCAGUCUAUGACCGCGAGAGGCGCGAACGUGACUUGGAGCGAGAGAGACAUUAUGUCAGUCGUGCGGAUCCUCGCGACAAGGGACGUACCCUUGACUACGGUGACGAAGAUGCUGUGGGAAGCAGGCCGGGUAGUGUCCGGAAGAGGCGCGAGUCGGACGUUAGUAACGUCUCCAGACGCGAGAGCAAGCGCCCACGCCAAACACGCUCGCCGAUUGCCGAUCCUUCUCUCCCAAAAGAGGAGCCUCCAGCACUGCAGAGCGGAUCCGAAGAAGGCGAAAUUGAAGAGGUUUAG